AUACAUUCCCAAAUACAAUGGAAACUGUUUACGUAUCAAUAAAAUUAAAGAAAGGAAUGAUUUUCUGAGAAAAGUAUCUAAAAAAAGAAAUUGGAAUUUCAUAAAAAAGUUUAAAAUAUAGAAUAAAUAUUUCACCGUGUUGGAAUGUAAUGUAUUUCAUUCACAAAAAGCACCUAACACUGCUAGCAUCCGGCAAUGGAAUUUUGGCAGGUUUUCAAUACUCUUCUCUGUAUUGUGUAUGGACUGAUUGGUAUCGUUGUUGGCUUUCAAUGUGACGAGAACGCUGUCCACUGUUUUACAUCACUUGAUAUAAAAUCAGCUUUUACUAUGAUUAGUAAAGAAAAAGACAUCGGUCAAGUGUACGCAAAAGAUCGGGAACUUCAUUCUCUAAAUCCAGAAAGAAACGGCCAAGUCCCUAUAGAUGAUAUAAUAACUGCUGACGGUUGGAAUCAAACAAGACAUUUAAUUACUGCAAAUGAAUCAAUGCCGGGACCAUCUAUUAUCAUUUAUGCGAACCAGAAAAUAACAAUUCUAGUUAAAAACCAUAUGAUCAAUGAAGCUGUAACUGUUCACUGGCACGGCAUUGACCAACUUAGAUGGCCAGCAAUGGAUGGCGUGGCAUUUGUUUCUCAAUGCCCGAUACUACCGGGACAAACUUUUAAUUACACCUUUCAACCGACAUUUGGGGGAUCCUAUUGGUAUCACUCACAUGUAGGUAAUCAAAGAGAUAUGGGCAUGUACGGUGCAUUUAUCGUCCUCCGAAAAAGAGACCCAGUACCAUUUGAACUACAACAUAUUGUACAGAUACAAGAAUGGAAUCAUCUAUAUAACGCAAUGGACAUGCUGUAUGCAAAUGUGAAGAAGGAGGUCAAAUUUCCAAAUUCAAUUUUAAUUAAUGGAAGAGGAGAGUUUAAAGAUAACCUUGCACCACUAGAAAUAUUUUAUGUCACAAAAGGGGAUCGAUGUCUGUUUAGACUUAUAGGUGUAGGAUCAAUGCACGUACUCUUAUUUUCUAUACCUGGUUUAAAGCUGAAUGUAACAGAAACCGAUGGUUUUGAGGUUGUUCCGACUGUCGUUGAUCAACUUAUUAUAUAUCCUGCUGAACGUUAUGAUUUUGAACUCGAUCUCAACUAUGCAGAAGAGGGAAUCUAUAAUAUUACUGUCAGCAUCCUUUCGUCAUAUAAUCUAACAAUUAAACCUUAUAUUGGACUUGGGUUUCUUAAUGUUUCUAACAGUAGAAAUAUAACAUCAAAAGUUUAUGAAAAUAAUAUCAAAAGUCGCGUCCUUAACUGCCCAUUUAAAACAUUCCCUCAUGAGGAAGACAUAGUUUGCGUUCCUGUAAGUAAUUUGAAAUCAAGGAAAAAUGUAGACGAUGAAAAAUUUGUUUUACAGGACAUACAAAAUUCAAGCGAGACAGCAUUACAUUUUCUGAACUUUGGUUUUCCAAAAGGUGAUUCAUCCAUAAAUGGCCGAAUAUUUCGUUGGCCAACGGUAUCUGCUCUCACACAGCCAUCUGAGGUUGAUACCGUUUGUAGUGGAUGCACUGACGAAGAAACGUGUCACUGUAGCCAUUCGAUUAACUUGAGAUCUGGGUCUGAAAUCAUUAUGGUUUUGCUCAAUCUAGGUACGGGAGCUGCCAUUUCUCAUCCUAUUCACAUGCAUGGCCACACUUACAAAGUUCUUAAAAUGGAAUUUCCCGAGGUAACCAUUGAUGGUAAAUUUAAUUUUACAGAAGAUAUAGAAUGCAGCAGUACACUUCCGAAUAUGAACAGCAGUUGUAAUAAUGCACGGUGGAGAAAUUCAUCAUGGAAUGAUUACAAAAAUAUCCCUGGUAUUAAUAUAAAUGAUCCUGUGCGCAAAGAUACAAUAGUGGUACCAUACGGGGGUUAUGUCAUCAUAAGAAUAGAAGCCAAAAACCCAGGAGUGUGGUUCAUGCACUGUCACAUUGAUGAACAUAUGGUCGAAGGUAUGGCGUUAAUGCUGAAUGAAUCUUUUGAGAACUCCAGGCUAGAAAUUCCAAAUGGAUUACCAACUUGUCACAGCUAUUUGACGAAGAUGUCAGGUGUCGUUAGCUCAAUAUCUACAGCCCAAACAAGUUCUUCAGAUUCAACAAAUAUACUAUAUGCUGUUGUCGGAAUAUUGGGAGUUGUUGUACUACUAUUGUUUGGUUAUAUAAUAUGGAAAAAGAGGACAGGCUCAACCGCCUCCAAUAAUAUAGAAAUGCAACCACCGAGUACAUAGAAUUAUGUUACAAUUAGCAUUUACAUAAAGUUGGCUCUUAUUUAUAUGAUGUAUUAUAUUGGCUUACAUGUAUCUGAUUAUUUCUUAUUUUAUAUUUUCUAACAAAUGAUAUAUCUUUAUUUUAUUCAAAGUAAAACUAUAGUCCUAUU